UUCGUUCCGUUCGGUCCAUUCUAUGCGCGAUCUCACUUUCUUCGGUCGUCAGUGCGCAUGCGUGAAUUGUGCCGACGAAAGAUCAGUGAAUGCUCUCUCCAUAUAUAACCUCACUUUUGUGGUACUGAGUGUUAAAAAUGGCUCAAUUGGGGUAUUUAGAAAAAUUCGGUAUUGUUUUCCUAAUUGGUUUGCUCUAUUAUGUAGUUAAGAGUGUGGUCAAUGUGUUUUACACUUAUAUCAUUGGACCGGUGGUGAAUAAGGUAGACUUUAAGUCUAAAGGAAAGUGGGCAUUAGUCACUGGCAGCACCGAUGGAAUUGGCAAAGCCUAUGCCAGGGAGCUCGCAUCCCGUGGCUGUGAUAUAGUUCUAGUCAGCCGUUCUUAUGAUAAGCUCAUGGAGACGGCAAAUGAAAUUGAAAAAGACUUCAAAGUGGAAACAAGGAUCGUUGUUGCUGACUUCAGCGAUGCUGAUAUAUAUGAAAUGAUCUCAAAGGAGGUUGCUGACCUUGAGAUUGGUACUCUGGUCAACAAUGUGGGUGUCUCCUAUAAAUAUCCGGAGUAUUUCCUGGAAAUCGCUGAUUGGGAGAAGACUAUCAGUACAAUGAUAAAAGCUAACGUUGUCUCUGUAACUCGUAUGACUGGUAUCGUGAUGCCUGGUAUGGUAGAACGUGGUAAGGGCGUGGUCAUCAAUAUUGGAUCCGGAUCUUCCAUAAUACCCAGCCCCCUUCUCACGGUAUACGCGUCUACUAAGGCCUAUGUGGAAAAAUUCUCUGAAGGUCUUGAAAUGGAGUAUAGCAAGAGAGGCAUUAUCGUGCAAUGUGUUCUACCCGGUUUAGUUUGCUCCAAUAUGUCUGGAAUACGCCGAAGCACUUUGAUAGCACCAACAGCGAAGACAUUUGUCAAGUCUGCCAUCAGCUUAGUCGGAACUACCUCCAAAACGACAGGAUAUUUCCCUCACACUCUCUUCUUCUGUGUGGUUAAUUCUAUCCACAGUGUCGCAUCGCGUUUCAGUGUGUGGCUGGUGACCCGCAGCAUGGAAAAUACCCGCAGGAAGGCGCUGAAAAAGUACAAAAAAGAAUAAUUUCUCUAAGUCGCGGGUAUUGCACUAAUAUGUAGAGCAGCUUUCUUUAUAUUUGCAUGCUUAUCGUUGCCAAAGAAUGUUUAUAGUAUGAUUACUCGAAAUGGCAAUUAAUAUACCUAUAUGCAGUCCUUCCUUAUACAAAAACAAAAAAAUAAUAUUAAGAUAAUUUUACUGCUGUGGAAUCUUUAAAUACUACAUAUUGCAUUUAGUGUUUAUUUAAAGUAGAUUUAGUACAGUGGUUAAUAUAAUUAAUUUAAUUUUAAGCUUAACCGGCAACGGUGGGGAAUGUAACAUGGUAUUUAAAAUUAAAGUAGAUACAAAAAAAAACCGU